UCGAGCAGUUGAAUUUCUACCGCAGUCUAGUCAUGGAUUCUGACGAGGAAGCACUGCUUUUGCUGCUUCUGCUCAAGCGGAGACGACGGCGACGACGUCAAAAGAGAACAUUUUGGGUUCAUCCAAUUUUGGAAUUAAGAGAACAACAUGGACAAUUCCAUCAUUUGUUUAUGGAACUUAGAAGUGAUGAAGAAAAAUUUUUCAACUAUUUUAGAAUGUCAAAGUCUUCGUUUGAUGAAUUGUAUAAUAUACUAAAGUCUCACAUUAAACGGGAAGACACAAUUAUGAGGAGAAGUAUCCAACCUGAAGAAAGACUAGCAGUAACAUUGAGGUAUUUGGCAACUGGAUGUACAUUUAUGGAUUUGCAAUAUAGUUUUAGAAUAGCAUCAACAACAAUAGGUAAGAUAGUGAGGGAUGUUUGCAGAAAUAUAUGGAUACAUAUGAAGGAUAUGUGUAUGGAACAACUAACUAAAGAUAAAUGGAAAGACAUAAUAAAUGGUUUCAAAAAAAAUGCUCAGUUUCCGAACUGCCUCGGUGCCGUUGAUGGCAAACAUAUUAGAAUAAUACAACCCGCGCAAAGUGGAUCGUCAUAUUAUAACUAUAAAAAUUAUUUUUCGAUAAUACUUCUAGCAGUAUGUGAUAGUAAUCAUAUGUUCACUUUCGUGGAUAUAGGCUCAUAUGGAAGGCACGCUGACUCGACUAUUUUCGAAGAGAGUUGUCUAUAUAAAAUGUUACAAGAAAAAAAGUUAAAUAUACCUCCACCUUCUGCAAUAUCACAAAAUGGACCGUUAUUACCGAAUGUGUUUAUUGGGGAUGAAGCGUUUAGCUUGCAGGAAAAUUUAAUGCGUCCAUAUGGUGGCAAGAAUUUACCAGAGAAAAAAAAAAUUUUUAACUAUCGGUUAUCACGUGCGAGGCGAUAUAUUGAAUGCACGUUUGGCAUAUUAGCUAAUAAAUGGCGGAUCUUUCAUAGACCACUCAACGUCAACGUUGAUUUCGCAGUGGAUAUAGUAAAAUCAUCGUGUGUUCUUCACAACUACGUAAAACAACGAGAUGGAAAUAAAUUUGAGGAUACGUUUGAGGGUCUUCCUUAUUCUAUAAUACAUUCAACCCAGCAAGUUCGUCCAGGUGGACCUAUGUUAACAACAAUCCGUGAAGAAUUUGCUAAUUACUUUGUGAGCGAAGAAGGCAAACUAGAUUGGCAAUGGAAUAUGAUAUAAAUCAAAAGGGCGCCGUCCGUAUAACAUAGCCUCUGUAUUCUUUUAAAUAUUAAAAAUAUAAUAAGAAGCAAAACAACUAUUAUAUUGUUACCAGUCUGUUUUUUAAUAAUAAAUAAAAUAAUAAAUGUGUGUGUUAAAUGACUGACUUUUUUACUUACCGAUUUGAUUUUUUUCUUCAACUGGUUUUUCAUCAAAGUUCUCAAUUACUUGGGCACAAAUAAUUGCCCAUG